AUGAUCUCAUUGCUGUGGAAGCUGAGCCAGGCGACACCGCUCAGCCCAGACCAGCUCAGCCCAGACCAGACCAGCCCAGACCAGCUCAGCCAGACCAGCUCAGACCAGACCAGCUCAGACCAGACCAGCUCAGCUCAGACCAGCUCAGCCCAGACCAGACCAGACCAGACCAGCUCAGCCCAGACCAGACCAGCCCAGACCAGCUCAGACCAGCUCAGCCCAGACCAGCUCAGACCAGACCAGCCAUAUGGCAUUGUGGUAUUUGUCAACUCACAGGGGCAUUUUCCAAGGCUUGAAAACAUAGGAGCAUUCAAAAAUGUAUCUACUGUGCCAUCCCAGGCAACCUGCGGCUUGCCAGUAAGAAACAUGUUCUGUCUUAGCAUGACUGUUGUGGAAAGUGUAUUGUCCUGCACCCAGCAGUACUGCAUUCAAGAGUGCCCUCAUAGAUCUUUCACCCCUUCCUAUGCAAAUCUUUUCUCCAGAGGCUUAGGCACUUGUAUCACCGAGGACAAGAAUGAUCUGCGGUCAGGGUCUUCAAAAAAUUCUACUAGUUUUAUAUUUCGGAAUCAAACAGAUUGUUACACUACACCUUCUCUGCAAAACCUUGAGUUUGGAAGUUCGUUUACUUUAACAAUGUGGCUGAAAGUUGAUCAUGGUGGUAUAAUGACUGUUAUUGAAAAGAGUACCAAUGAUCGCACAGUAUUCAAACUGACAACAUCAGGAAGAGGAUGUAUAUUUUACUACCGUACAUCAGCUGGUUUUCAACCUCCAUUACUGGUGAAUACACGUGGAAAAAUCCCGCUCAACAAAUGGACUCAUCUGGCAAUUCAGACACAUGGCACUCGAAUCAGUUUCUUCAUAAAUGGCCUGGAGGAAGACAACACUGCUUUUGAUGCUCAGCUUCUCACUGGACCAAUUGCAGAUGCAACCACCAAUUCUGCUAUACGGAUUGGACAAAGUCUAAAUGGCUCUGAGCAGUUCAUCGGCAGGAUGCAAGAUUUCAGGUUUUAUCAAGCAGGUCUCACAAACAGAGAAAUUUCUGAAGUGUUUUCUGGAAAAUUGCCACAUCUGCACACUCAGACACAAUGCCGUUGUACGGGGAGUCAUCCCCGAGUUCAUCCAUUGGUCCAGAGAUACUGUAUCCCAAAUGGUGCAGAUGAUACAACUGAUGAUCGGGUGCUCCGACUUAAUUCAGAUGCUCACCCCUUGGAUUACAUCAAUGACAAUGACAUUGGCACAUCUUGGAUAUCCUUGGUAUUCACUGACCUAGCUGAGCUGGACAAUGGUGUUACUAUAACUUUUGAUUUGCAAAAUGGACAGUAUCAGGUUUUCUAUGUUAUAUUGCAGUUUCUUAGUCCUCAGCCAGAGGUAAUUAGGAUUCAGAGGAAAAAGACCAGUGACUCAGAGUGGCAAGACUGGCAGUAUUUUGCUAGAGAUUGCACAAGUAUUUUUGGAAAGGCUAACAGUGGCCCUUUGGACACUCCCAACUCUGUGAAUUGCCUUCCGUUUCCACACAACAUCCCCUAUUCCCGUGGUAACGUGACUUUCAGUAUACUGACUCCUGAACCAAACCGUCGUCCUGGAUAUAAUGAUUUUUAUAAUACUCCAGUUCUUCAAGAAUUUGUCAAGGCUACACAUGUACGAAUUCACUUGAGAGGCCAGUACUAUACUACACAAACCUCCGUGAAUUUCAGGCACAGAUAUUAUGGGGUUGGUGAAAUCACGAUAAGUGGGAGGUGCAACUGCCAUGGUCAUGCGGAUCGGUGUGACACUACAGCCAAUCCAUACAGAUGCAUGUGCCUGCAGGACAGCUACACAGAAGGAUAUAACUGUGAACGCUGUCAGCCACUCUUCAAUGACAAGCCUUUUCAUCAGGGUGACCAAGUUCAUGAUUACAACUGCAAACCUUGUCAGUGCUAUAAACAUGCCCUCACUUGCCACUACGACAGUUUCAUAGAUCUAUUUCCGAAUGACUAUUUCCGAGGUGGUGGUGGAAUUUGUGAUGACUGCCAGCAUAAUACUACAGGAAUAAAUUGUGAGCAGUGCACAGACUUUUUCUAUCGGAAAGUAGGUACCAGUCUCUCAGCAAUUGAUGUGUGCAAACCAUGUGAUUGUUUGGAAGCUGGAGCCAUAAAUGGGAACCUCCUGUGUGAUCAGAUUGGAGGCCAGUGUAAAUGCAAGAGACGCGUGUCUGGCAGACAGUGUAAUCAGUGCCAGGAUGGAUUCUAUAAUCUGCGCUUCUCAGACCCUGAUGGCUGCAGUCCUUGUAACUGUAAUACCUCUGGGACAGUGAAUGGAGAUAUUACCUGUCACCAAAAUUCAGGUCAAUGCAAGUGCAAAGCAAAUGUUAUCGGGUUAAUGUGUGAUCGCUGCAACUUUGGCUUCAAACACCUCAACAGUUUUAACCUAGAUGGCUGUGAUGCAUGUAACUGCAACAUCAAUGGGUCCCAGAACCAAUUCUGUAACCAAUAUAGUGGCCAGUGUGACUGCAGGGCAAAUGUGAGAGGUCUUCAUUGUGACAUUUGCUCAGACAACCUCUAUGGACUAGAUGCUGCUGGCUGCAAGUAUUGUGACUGUGAAUCGGCGGGCACCAUCCCUGGAACCGUAUGUGAUGCGAAAAUAGGCCAGUGCCUCUGUAAACCUAAUGUUGGACGACGGCGGUGUGAUGUGUGCCUGGAUGGGUAUUACAGUCUGCAACCGAGCCAUUCUGCAGGUUGUUUGGCUUGUGACUGUAAAGCAGCUGGAACAAUAAAGGGAUUGCUGAUUUGUGACAAAUCUACAGGGCAGUGUCUGUGUAAAGCCAAUGUCACAGGCUUGCAGUGUAAUCAGUGUGCUCCUCGUACUUUCAACCUUACUUCAUCCAACCUUCAAGGUUGCCAGUGGUGCCACUGUGACCCUACUGGGAUAGUGGAUGGGAAUGGCUGCAACCAAAGUGAUGGACAGUGUGUUUGCCAACGGAAUCGCCUAGGGAAAAAAUGUGACCAAUGUCGGUCAGGUUUUAAGCUUCCCUCAGGCAAUUCCACGGGUUGUUUACCAUGCGAGUGCCAUCCAAUAGGAUCAAAACACCAGAGUUGUGAUGGUUUCACAGGACAAUGUGUUUGUCGAGAUCCUUCAGUGACUGGAAAACACUGCAACCUCUGCAAGAACCAUUAUUUCAGUUUCAACCAAGGAGCUGGAAGCUGUCAGCCAUGCAAUUGCAAUCCUGCAGGCAGUGUUAAUGGCACCUGCCACCAAACAAAUGGACAGUGUUUCUGCAAGCUGUUUGUAAUUGGUUUGAAAUGCGAUGUGUGUGUUCCCGGCACCAGCCACUUGGAUGUUGACAACACGUUUGGUUGCAGUAACACUCCAACUCAGCAGCCAUCACCAACAGGCCACAUUGUGAGUUCCACCACGAUUGACUUAUCCUGGGGUCCACCCGAUUCACCAAACACUAAUGCUCUCAUGUACACGUUGUACAGAAAUGGAGAAGAAAUUCAUGUGAUGAAAGAUCGUCAUCCAUUUGGUUCCCAAAACUUCAACGAUACUGGUUUGACACCUUACACGCUCUACUCAUAUUACAUUGUGGCAAGCAAUGUCCACGGCAGCACAAGAAGCAGUGUAGCAAGCUAUCGUACAGAAGCUGGCCUUCCUAAUGGAUUGCUUAAUUUGAGUCGCUUUGGAUAUGUGGGACCACAGUCAAUUUCCUUCAAUUGGACAACUCCAUCCAAUGCUUCUGGGCCCAUUGAGAGAUACAUAUUAAGAUCUACAACUUCAGGCAGCCACUUGGAUCAGAUGCAUUAUGAAGGUCUGGAAACACUUGUGACUCUGAAUGAUUUGGCUCCUUUUACAAACUACACAUUCACUGUCCAGGCAUGUACCACCGGGGGCUGUGCCGAAAGCAAUGCUGUGGUGGAAAUAACUGAACAGGCUCCACCCAAAGGACAAGCACCACCGGUCAUCAGCACUCUCAGUGCCACAAUGCUCUUUGUUGAAUGGACUGCUCCUGUCCAUCCUAAUGGAAUAAUCAUCCGAUACGAACUCUACAUGCAAGGCCCUUCGCAAGCAAAUGGGAACCGCAAUCCUCCUGAAAGGCGAGUUUUUCAAGACAGUGGCUGGCUGAACCCUCAUCUGGUCAUUGAAUCUCCUAAUGAAAAUGCACUAACUCCACCACAGACCAACACAACCAUCAGUGAUUUAGAACCGUUUGCAGAGUAUGAGUUCAGAGUGUUUGCAGUUAACAUGGCGGGCAGUACAUACUCACCCUGGGCAUCAGGAAGAACUGCAGAAGCUGCCCCUUUGUUUAUGCCUGCACCAUCAGUUUCCCCACUCUCAUCAUCGGCUCUAAAUGUAACCUGGGUGCAACCUAGUAAGAAUUCAACAAGAGGAGAAGUGAUCGGAUACAGUAUCAACAUUGUAGAAGCGCAGACCGCCAAUGAGUUUGCACCUCCAGUAGUUUCACGAGUGCUUCGUACAGUGACAGCUGACCAGCAAGCCUACACAGUGACAGAUCUGAAACCAUACAGAAGUUACAACUUUACAGUCACCCUCUGCAAUCAGAUUGGUUGUACAACAAGUGAACCAGGCUCUGGCCAAACAGGAGCAGCAGCUCCAGCGGGUCAAGGUGCACCUAGAGUGGAAGGAUUAAACAGCACAGUGAUGAAAAUAUUCUGGCAGCCACCUAUGGAUUUGAAUGGUCCCCCUCCAGUUUACCAGCUGGAAAGGAUGGAUACGUCUCUAUUUAGCCACCUUGCUCAUGUUGAGAGAGGAACACGGUUCCCUGGUCAUGGCUACUUAAAGUUUCCGACUUCAACUCUACCUGUCAACACAUACUUUACAGGUAUUAAAAUCAGCUUCAGGACCAGCCAGCUUGAUGGUGUGAUUCUUUUUGCUGUAUCUGUGGGAAACCAAGAAGAGUAUGUAGUGUUGCAGCUACGGAAUGGACGUCCUUUCUUCCUUUUCGAUCCACAGGGUUCUGCUGUUGCAAUCACUCCUAUUAACGAUGGAAGACAAAAAUUCAACGAUAAUCAGUGGCAUCAUAUAACUGCUACAAGAACUCGGGCCGAGGGAACUAUAGUUGUGGAUGGCCAGUAUAAAGGUUCAGCAUUGGCACCUAGUGGGAACACUAUAAUUGGAGAUAAUACAGGAGUGUUCAUUGGAGGACUGCCACAGGACUUUAACAUUCUAAGGGAUGACGCAGGUGAUGCAGAAGUGCUUCCAAACGGAUUUGUGGGAUGCCUUGGUGAUAUACGUAUAAAGAAGAGUGACACUCCUAAUGAGGUUUGGGAACCUUUGGACUGGGACAGUGCAGAAGAAAAAGUUGGAGUGUAUCACAGCUGGGAAGGCUGCCCCAAUGUUCUUGCGGAUGGAGCACAUUUCCUAGGACAAGGGUACUUAGAGCUCUUUUCAGGUGUUUUUUCUGGUGGAAAGCAAUUUGAGAUUUCAUUUGAGUUAAGGACAGACCAACUAAAUGGCUUACUUCUUUUUGCCUACAAUAAAGGAAGGAAGACGUAUCUUGCUGCUGAAUUACAUAAUGGAACUCUGAGCUUCAUGUUUAACACCAAUUCAAGUGUGACCCGGGUUGACCUUUGGUUGGGACUCUCUUACUGUGAUGGAAAAUGGAAAAGUGUUGUGCUCAAGAAGCAUGGCACAAUGGCGUCAGUGAGCGUGGAUGGACAGAUGGAGAACAAGCUGGUCUCCGAUAAUGAAGAGGAGCUGUACAUAAACUCUCCAGUUUAUCUUGGUGGAAUCCCAGCUGAGAAAGAAAGCUUUUGCACAGAAUGUGCUCCACAACAAGGUUUCGGUGGUUGUAUAAAGGAUGUUAGAUUUACAAAGGAUGCUGUCGUAAACUUGGCGGCUGCGUCCACCAUUGCUGUCAGAGUCAAUCUGGAUGGAUGCCUAUCAACUGACAGUCCUGGUAACUGCAGAGGAAAUGACUCCAUUCUUGUAUAUACAGAGAGAGCUCAAAGUGUGUAUGAUUAUGGUUUGCAACCAUUUACAGAAUAUUUAUACAGAGUCAUUGGAUCAAAUGAAGGAGGCUCAACAUUUGGUCCUUGGGAGAGAGGCCGUACAAGAGAAACAGUUCCACAAAGUGUGCCGACUCCCUCAAGGUUUCACAGUAUAAAUGGUUACAGAGUUGAGGUGAGCUGGGACGAGCCUGCUGAGGUCAGAGGUGUAAUUGAGAAGUGCAUUUUGAAAGCAUACAAUGAGGACAGUCCCAGCACGCCCCCCAUCAGGGCCGACUUUACCGACAUCCAUGCUCUAGCAGGAAACUUGACUGGCUUGAUCCCUUUUACAAAUUACAGUUUAACCAUGACUAUCUGCACGAAGGCUGGCUGUGCUGAAAGUGCACGUGCAAGAAACAUCACUACCCCAGAAGAAGCUCCUGAAGAUGUUCGGACUCCAUCUGCUGUUGCUUUGUCUAAUUCAUUACUGGUGUCAUGGCCUUUGCCAGAACAACCAAAUGGUAUUAUCACCCAUUAUUCUCUGUUCAAAGAGGAUCGCCUGAUCUACACAGGACACAAACAAACAUUCAACGUGACUGGGUUAGCAGCCUACACCCCGCACCGCUUUGUGCUUGAAGCAUGCACAGUCGUUGGCUGUACAAACAGUUCCCGGGUCACCUUGCUCACAGCACAGCUGCCACCUUCUCACGUCGAUGCACCAUCCCUGACCAUCCUGGACUCGAGAAGCAUAUACGUGCAGUGGAGGGCACCAGCAGAAGUUAAUGGGAUUCUUGAGCGCUACUUACUAUAUGUCUCAACCCCUGAAGGCAGUUUUAACACCACAGAUUUGGUGUAUAAUAGCUCAGACCUAUUUUUGGAUUUCACCAUGAGACAACUGGUUCCUGGCACCAGAUACUUUGUGAGACUGUCCAUCUGUAACGGAGGAGGAUGUACGCUGAGUAAAGCUAGCAUUGCCAAGACUGAAGAGAGCACCCCAGAAAAUGUUCCUGUUCCCAACAUCAAGUCUUAUUCCUCCGAUUCCUUUAAUAUCUCGUGGACAGAACCAGAGUUCCCAAACGGUAUCGUCGUACUUUACGGGCUGUUUAUGAAUGGAGUGUUGGUGGAAAACUCAUCCUCCUUAUUUAGCUACUAUGUUAGUGAUCUAAUGCCAUGGAGCCUACACACCUUUCAUGUUCAGGCUUGUACAGCAAAGGGCUGUGCAAUAGGUCCCUCGGUUGAUGCUCGAACUCUGGAAUCUGCACCAAUGGGAAGUAUUUUACUCACCGUAGCUUCUGAAGGGGCUCGUUCAGUCAGAGUAAAAUGGACAGCUCCAAGUAGACCAAAUGGGCUUCUGACAUAUUCAGUUAUUUUCACAGGACUCUUUUAUGUAGAACGAGCUAAAAAUAAUUAUUCUACCAAGAGUCGAACCCAGAUCUUAUACAGAUGUGCAGAAUCUGAUAUAUGGGUGUCUGUAGGAGGAUUGCUUCCCUAUUCCGACUACACCGUACAAAUAAAUGCCUCCAAUAGCCAAGGAUAUGUGAUGAGUGAACUUGCAGCAAUAACCAUGCCCCCUGGGGCUCCAGAUGGUGUGCUGCCUCCGAGGCUCUCAUCUGCCACUCCGACCAGUCUUCAGGUUGCCUGGUCUGCACCAGCUCACAACAACGCUCCAGGCUUGCCCAGAUACCAGCUUCAGACACGGCUUGCACAUUCCACUGGUGAUAUUUCAGACUUAUUACCCAACCCAACGGCUGCCUUGAGUUAUGCAGCAACAGGUCUCCGUCCAUAUACAGCCUAUGAGUUCAGACUGAUUGCUUCCAACAGAUAUGGUAGUAUCAUCAGUGAGUGGGCACGAAUGGUUACUGCAGAGGACAGGCCAGGGCUGAUGGAUCCACCCUUUUUGUUGGAUGUCAAGUCUCAAAGUCUGUUAGUCAUGUGGCAACACCCAUCGCAGCCGAAUGGUAAUAUCACUCAUUGCAGUGUUUACCAGAAUGGUUCCAGACGAGUCCAACUAUCAGGUCACAGCAUUAGAUAUACUGUAUCCCAUUUACGACCAUAUACUUCCUAUAUUUUCCAAGUCGAGUGUUGCACGGCAGUGGGAUGUUCUCUGUCACCAGAGUCACAUUUGGUUCAAACUCUCCCCGAUGCCCCUGAAGAUAUUCCUAAACCAGAACUUUAUUCUGACACCCCAACCUCAGUGCUCAUAUCUUGGCAAGAGCCAGUCCAGCCCAAUGGUCUUAUUGACAGCUUUGUGAUAGAGAGGAAGAUUAAGGGGACAGAAGAAAUCUCCACCCUCGUGACCACAAAGGUUGAGCAGCCCAUGAGAUACGUGGAUCAUUCUGUAGCCCUUAACCCAUGGACCACCUAUGAAUAUAGGAUCUUGGUUAGCACCGUCAAUGGAGGAACAAACACCAGUGCCUGGGCUCAAGUUACUACAAGACCUUCGAGACCCACUGGGAUACAACCACCCCAGGUCCAGGCUUUAGAACCAAAUUCAGUGCAGGUUACUUGGCAGCCUCCUCUGAUGGUCAAUGGUGAAAUCCUUCACUAUGAAAUCCGAAUGCCAGAUCCCCGCGUCAAAAUUUCUAACACCUCAGCCUUGCACUACAAAGUGCUGAACUUGAUCCCAUUCACUAAUUACUCAGUGACGAUUGUUGCGUGCACUGGCGGAGGAGGAUACACAGGGGGCUGUACUGAAAGUUUACCAACUGGAUUCACUACUCACCCUACAAACCCCCAGGACAUUAGCUCCUUGGCUGUGACCCCCAUCAGUGAGUCAUUCAUUGCUGUUUCGUGGCAACCUCCAACAAGACCAAAUGGGCCAAAUGUAAGAUACGAGUUGCUGAGGCACAAAUCCCAACAACCACUCACACCAAAUCCCCCUGAAGAUUUAAAUCUUUGGUUGAAUAUUUACUCAGGGACACAAAUGUACUAUGAAGAUAAAGGUCUUAACAGGUAUACAAUGUAUAAAUACAAGCUGGUAGUGUCUAAUGAUGCAGGCUACACAGCAGGAGAAGAAGUUACAGCCACCACACUGGCAGGUGUCCCUGUCAGAGGAAGCAACCUCACAGCAGAGGCUGUAAACCACACAACGGUAGAAGCCGAGUGGAGCAGACCAACUUUGGAAGACUUGCAGGGCGAUGUGGAAUGCUAUAUCCUACACAUCAACUCCACCACCUUUAGCAACUCCACAUUCUUCCCAGCUGAUGUAAACUACACUCUGCUUGGCAAUUUGCGCCCAAACACAGAAUAUCAACUUUCCAUUGAGGUUUUCAACAGUGCCCACAGUGUAAGGAGCGAGACAGUCCAUGUGACCACGUCUGAUGGGGAGCCUGAGGGCAUGCUACCUCCAGAGGUCAUCGUGAUCAAUAGUACAGCUGUUCGUGUCAUCUGGACAUCACCGUCAAACCCAAAUGGGCUUGUCACGGAAUAUUCUAUUUAUGUGAAUAACAAGCGGCAUCAGACUGCCAUGAAUUUGCCUGGCUCUUUUAUAUUGACAGACUUGUCACCGUUCACUGUGUAUGAAAUACAGGUUGAGGUCUGCACAGUGUAUGUCUGUGUGAAAAGCAAUAUCACCCAAAUCACUACUGUCGAAGAUGAACCAGGUGAUAUUGCAGCACCACAUAUACAUGUCAUCAGUUCAAGAUCUCUUCGAAUUGAUUGGACAUCUCCUGGUCGACCAAAUGGAAUCCUAAAGGGUUAUGAGCUUUGGAGAAGCACUUUGCACCAUUGUGUGGAGAUCAUGAGCCCGAAAGCAAACCAACAGUGCACCUACGUUGAGUGUAAAAGAAUUGAAAAUAUUUGUGAGCACGCCUGUUAUCAGCCAUUGAGUCAGGUUUGCUGUGAUGGAGUGCUUUAUAGCCGUCAGCCAGGCUACACUUGCUGUGAUGACAGAUAUGUUGCUUCAAGUUUCAACUCCUCAGUUGUGUGUUGCAGUGGGCAACUCUACGCAUUCCAACCUGGGUAUCAGUGUUGUGGGAAUUAUUACGUAAGAGUCCUGCCAGGUGAGGUUUGCUGUCCCAUUGUGGAUCGGAACCAGAUCUCUGUUGGAAUUGGCGAUUCAUGUUGUGGGGGCCACCUUUACUUCAAAGAAGGGGACCAGAUCUGUUGUGCCAAUUCACUUCAUGAUGGUUUUAACCAACAAUGUUGUGGUGGACAAGCAGUUAGCAAAGCCCAUGUUUGCUGUGGCGAUGAAGAAAUAGGCACUACAUACACACCCAUUACAGGGAUGGUCUGUUGUGGACAGGACCUGGUGAAUGCAUCAAUUGCCCUUUGCUGUUCUGGUCCCGAUGGGUCAAGGAAAUCCCACAUCAGUGAUGCAUCUCAAAUGAAGUGUUGUGGUACUGAACUUAUAUCUGGUAAUGAGGAAUGUUGUAAUGGGGUCGGUUAUAAUCCCUCAAAACAGGUCUGCGCUGACAGGACUUCAAGUGGAACAGUUCUAAAGCAACGGGCCUGCGGUGUCGGUAUUCUCUGCCCACUGUCCCAGGAAGCGACGGCAUACUGUGGCAAGUGUGAUUUCAACACAGCAACUCAUAUUUGCACUUGGUCAGAAGGGGCAUCAGCUUCCACCGCAGUGAACGAAGACAAGAAUGAAAGGCUUUGCUACUGGCCAGUGGAGACCAUCUACACCGGAGGUCCCAGCAGAUAUACGUUUACUGAUACCAAUUUAGAUCCAUAUGUUACAUAUGAUUACAAAAUAGCUGCUUGGAAUAGUUAUGGACGUGGCUUUAGUAACAUCAGCCAAGCUACUACUGAACAAGAUGUGCCAUGGGGUGUGCAUCCACCUGAGUGGAGCAAAGUGGACCGCAGGAAAGACAUGAUCAAGCUGAAUUGGAGAGCCCCAGCACAAUCAAAUGGCAUUAUCACACAUUACAUUGUUCUGCGUGAUGGAACUGAGCGCUUUCGUGGGACGGAUUUCAGUUUCACAGAUACAGGGGGCAUUCAGCCAUACCAGGAGUACUCCUACCAGCUGAGAGCAUGCUCGAUUGCUGGGUGUGCAGACAGCAGCAAGGUAGUUGCAACGACCAUACAGGAAGUCCCUGAGAAUGUCCAUCCACCAACAAUUGCCGCUCUUAGUGCAACGUCCUUGCAGCUUAUGUGGAGACUGCCCGCUGCACCGAAUGGCAUAAUUCAUGAAUACCAAAUCCAUCAGACCGGAACAGGGAUCAUCUAUGCGGAUACCACUGGCAAGAUGCAAUUCAUUGUGACCGGUCUUCAGCCACACAAUAACUACAGUUUCACAGUAACUGCGUGCACUUCAGCGGGAUGCAGCACCAGUCAGCCUGCAACAAGCAGAACGUUGCAAGCUUCACCACAAGGGAUCUGGCCAAAGCCCUGUCAUGUUAUAGUGAACUCCUCCACUGUAGAACUUUACUGGACAGAGCCAGAGAAACCAAACGGGAUCAUUACACAGUUCCGCUUGCUGCGUGAUAAUGCCGUCAUCUACACUGGUACACGCAGAAAUCGUAAUUACACAGAUGCUGGCUUACAGCCCGACACAAGAUAUGUGUACCAAUUGGAAGCCAGCACAGGAGGAGGGAAAAACAGAAGCAAAAAUUAUGUUGUUCAGACACCCAUCUCAACGCCAGAGCAAAUUCCAGCUCCUUAUAAUGCCUCAGUGAAUAGUUCAUAUUCACUAUUUGUAGCCUGGACUCCACCUGGUGUUUUCAACACCAGCGUCCUUCUGAUGUAUUCCGUUACGUUAAAUCUAGGGACUGACCAAGCAAUAAUUCGACCUGCAGGCCAAGCCCAGUUUUUGUUGGUGGAGGGAUUAAAUCCAUUUACAGAUUAUGAGAUAAGGAUUCAGGCAUGUCAGUCAGGUGGAUGUGGAGUUGGUGAACGUAAACACGUGAAGACAACCGAAGCCCCACCUCAGGGACAGAAGCCACCAGUUGUAACACCAGUUGGUUCAGUGGUCCUAGAAGUCAAGUGGUUUUGUCCUCAAAAACCUAAUGGAAUUAUCACAAGUUACUUACUUUACAGACAGCCUUUUGGAACCCUGGAAGAACUGCUGAUUUUUAUUUGGUCCGAAGGUGCUUUGGAGUUUAUAGAUGCCUCAGACACGCUGCAGCCCUAUACAAAGUACAAGUACCGUAUUCGAGCGCGCAAUUCCAAGGGAUCUGUAGACAGUCUGUGGGCUUCUGUGCAAACCCUCGAAGCACUCCCUCAGGGCAUGGCAGCUCCCUCUGCUCAAGCUACAAGCGCUUUCUCUGUCUUGUUAGACUGGACCGUGCCAAGUUCUCCCAAUGGGGUUAUUUCACAGUACCACAUCGUCUACCAAGAAAGAAGAAAUGAUCCAACAAUCAGCACAUCCGCAUUUACUACAAUGACAGUGCCGGGUACAAGCCACCAAGCUCAUGUCUUUGGAUUGAAGCCUUUCACCGUCUAUAAUAUUCACGUGCUUGCUAUGAAUAAUGCUGGGCAAUUGGCAAGUCCGUGGGCUUCUGUUCGCACGCUAGAAGCAUCACCCAGUGGACUUAGCAAUUUUACUGUUGAGGGGCGAGAGUGUGGCCAUGCACUGCUAUUGAAAUGGGCAGAACCUACUAACCCAAACGGAAUAAUCAAGACCUACAGUAUAUUUAGUGAUGACAAUUUGGAGUUCGGUGGUUUGACACGGCAGUUCUUAUUCAGACGUUUGGAGCCUUACACGGUCUAUACACUGAUGCUUGAAGCUUGCACUAAGGCUGGGUGUACACGUUCCCUGCCCCAAGCAAUAAGGACAGAUGAAGCAUCACCAGCUUCACAGCCUGCACCUGUUCCCCAGUCAGUGAACGCAACACAGGUCGAAGUGAGGUGGAUUAGACCGGUGAAUGCAAAUGGAAAAAUAAUUCAGUAUGAACUGAUGCGCAGGAGCAGCAGACAAACUGGGUACUACCAGGGUACAAAAGCAAUCUUAGUAGACGAGGAGGCAGUGUUCAGAGAAUAUGAUACAGGCAAAGAUGAAUAUGUAUUCAUUGACUGUAAUUUAAAACCAUGGACAAUAUAUGAAUACAAAGUACGCAGUUGGAACUCUGUUGGCCAUGCAGACAGCCCAUGGGUGGUUGUGGAAACCAGACAGGCUGCACCUUCUGGCCUUGCUGCCCCUAAAGUUCAACAUGUACCAGAUAAUCCUCAUAAGCUAGUGAUUUCCUGGUCUUCUCCAGAAAAAAUCAAUGGCGUGCUUCAGUCCUACAGACUACAAAGGGAUAACAUUCUUUUUCCUUUCAGCUUUGAUGCUUCAACAUUUAAUUAUACAGAUGACAGCCUGAUGGCAUACAAGGUGUACAACUAUGCAGUCAUUGCCUGUACAAUGGGAGGCUGUUCAACCAGUGAACCUGCUAAAAUGCGGACACUGGAAACAGCUCCAGCUUUUGUGAAUCCUCCGACAAUCCAGACUAUUAGUCCAACGCAGAUCAAUGCUUCGUGGACAGCGCCAGUGAUACAAAAUGGGAAGAUUUCAGAAUAUAGACUCCUUGUGAAUAACAAACUGUCCCACUCUGGACAGAGGUUGUCUAUGCUAGUGUCUGGCCUGCAGCCCUACACGCAGUACCACUUUGUCCUGAUUGUCUGUACAGACGGUGGUUGCACCUCCAGCUCAUCUGUCAGUAAUUGGACAACGGAAGCCCCACCAUCUAACAUGGGAGCUCCAAGGUUACAGGUCACAGGAUCAGAGUCGAUUGAAAUUACAUGGAAACAACCGGCCAUUCCCAAUGGGAAGAUUAGAAGUUAUGAGCUGACGAGGGACGGUGUGCUCAUCUAUGCUGGCCCAGAAAAUCGAUAUCACGACUUCACUCUGACUCCAGGUGUGGAGUACAGUUACACUGUGGCUGCCAACAAUAGCCAAGGAAGCACCAUUAGCCCCACUGUAAGAGCCACGACUAAUCCUUCAGCACCUUCUGGAGUGGCUCCUCCCAUGCUACACGCCUGGUCCGCUAGUGACAUUCUGGUAAACUGGGAGCUGCCUGCUCAGACAAACGGAGAGAUUGUGAACUAUACAGUACUCAACCAUGAUUUUACCACAACUGAGAUUAUAGAUUUCAUAUUUACCCCGCCUCAUGCUUCUUUUUUGAGCCGAUCAUUAAGCUUGACAGGCCUAAAAGUGUAUUCUAGGUAUGAAGUGCGCAUAGAAGCAUGCACAGUCCUUGGCUGUGCUUCCAGUGAAUGGGCCUCCAUACGAACUCUAGAAGCUCCUCCACGCUCACAGCCUGCACCUCUCAUUGAGCUGGACAGAAAUAUAAAAGGAAUCCGUUCGAUGUUUCUCAUUUCGUGGACCAAACCCCAACAGCCCAAUGGUAAAAUAUUGUACUAUGAACUAUACAGAAGACAGGUACCACGUCUACCACUGGAUGCAAGGAUGACUUUUCUUUACAAUGGCUCUUCAACAUCAUUUCAAGAUGCCAUGUUGCUCCCUUACACAGCAUAUGAAUAUCAGGUAUGGUCGGUGAAUUCUGCAGGAAGAACAUUUAGUGCCUGGAGUCGUGCGAGAACAGGGCAGGCCCCUCCUGAAGGCCUGUAUGCACCCACCUUCCUCACAGUUUUUUCAACCUCUGCAGUGGUGAACAUCAGUCCACCAAACAAACCUAAUGGAGUAGUCACGUUAUACAGAGUGUUUGCCAGGAGCAGGAGCAGAGGAACUGACAUGUUGCUCUCUGAAGGAACCUCAACACAGCAAACUAUCCAUGAGCUGCAGCCCUUUACUACCUACUCUGUUGGUGUAGAGGCAUGUACGUGCUUUCGGUGCUGUAGCAAAGGACCAAUAGCAAAUUUUGUUACUCGCCCGUCAGCUCCUUUCAACCAGCCUUCUCCACAACCCAAGAGUGUUAAGUCAAGGAAUGCCAUCUUACAGUGGAACACUCCACUGUCUCCUAAUGGUGUUAUUCAGAGCUACAAACUCCAGAUGCGCAUCACCUGCCCCCAGCCUGUGCAGCCAACAGCACAGCACUGUGCUGCCGGAUCUGUUAAAGCUGUAUACAGUGGCAUAGGCCAGAGUUUCAACUUGACCAAUUUGCUGCCCUAUACAAGUUAUAGCUUUCAAGUAAUAAGCUAUAACUCAGUGGGCAGUACAGUGUCGGAUUGGUCUACCAUCACUACACAGAAAGAGAUGCCUCAGUACAGAGCGCCAUUCAAAGUAACCAGCAACUUGACAGCAAUCUACCUGGACUGGCGUCAAACAUUCCAGUUGAAUGGACGGCUCAGAGAGUACGUACUGACUGAGAACAACGUCAGAGUUUACAGUGGCUUUGACAGCAUAUUACGACUUCCAAGAACUUCAGACAAAACUUUUCUGUUCCGGGUUGUUUGCACAACAGAUAUGGGAAGUACCAGCACCUCCAUUACUUCAUACAACACAACCACAGGUGUUGAUCCUUUUCUACCUACUGCUGAUGGAAAAACAGGGGUACAUCCAGCAAGGACUCCAUUCUACAGUGAACUUUGGUUCAUUAUCCUAAUGGCAAUUCUUGGGUUGCUGUUUGUGGCUAUCAUCUUGGCUCUGCUUCUCCAAAGAGCAGUCAAUAAGCAACCAUAUAAACGUGAAAGGCCACCUUUAGUCCCAUUGCAGAAGAGAACAAACGUGCCCAAUGAAUCCUUUAUGGGGCUCACUGACACAAAAAUCCCAGAACCUGGAUCUCAGCUCAGCAAUCGGACCAUGUCAGUGCUACGUGUGCCAAGCCAGAACCAGCUGAGCCAGGUCUAUUCCAAGACCUCACUGCACCGAAGCGUCAGUCAGCUUAUCAAUACUCACGACAAAAAGUCCUUGCUUGAAGACUCAAUGUGGGAUUCUCUUUUGCAGGGUCGCGACAGCGGAAUGUACCCAGAUGAUGAAGAACUUUUGGAGUCAAUCAAAGGUUUCAGUACAGUUACAAAAGAGCACACUAUAUUCACUGACACUCAGCUGUAG